GUGACAUAUCGUACAAAAUGCCUCAUGGAAGAUUCCUGUGAGACAACAAUACGCACGAUUAGCGAGUCCACAAUCGCUUCUAAGAAUGCCCGUGAUAUGACGCUAUGCGAAUUAUCUUCCUCGUUGUGUUUUACAUCAUUGUGGCAAAAAUUGCAGAUGGGGGCGGAAGUACCGCCACGAAGAGUUUAGGAAACAGCAUGAAACAGUUUGUUAGACAGAAAGGUAGAACAGCUGACGGAAUAUCUGUCGACGAUGAAAUGGCUCGAACGACAAAUAGGCGCAACAGACAAUUGUUACUGGCGAAUCGAAUCGGUGACUGGUCGCGAAUUAGAAAACUGUCAACGAGUAAUCUGAGACGAGACAAGCGAGGUCUGCGAACAAGUCGAAAAAGUGUCAAGGAUUCGAACGACGAGAUUGGGCGACGUCAGAAUUACUUCGACAAUGAUGGCGAUAACGAGGACGUUUACACGAGGAAAUCAGAAUACCGUUCAGUUUGGGAAGAUCCGGAGUCGAUUGACACAGCAUUUAAUGUGAAUCCUACGAGGGAUUCGAUGAUCACACAAGAGGCAGUAAGCAUCAAUCGAUCGUUGUUGAAGAGACCUUCGGGAAGUAACUUAAUGAGUCCGAGUAAAAGAUACUUUUUGAUACCGGUGUCCAAAGAUUUGUACGUUCUGAACAACGUUCGAGAUAGUUCGCGAUCGGACGAAAGAAUCAGUUCAAGGCCACAUAAAUUCACAGAAAGAAAUCAACAAUUGCCUGAUCACAAUGCGAAUUAUUUGUCUUCUCGUCUUGAUCCUCGUCUGUACUCCGAAAGAGGAAGUGCGACCAUUGCGGUAAAUUCAACGCCGUUGUAUCUUCUUAACUUCUUGCAUCCGCAUAUCGCCUUUCGAACGCGUUCUGAUGUAAUCAAUGUUACCGAAAAAUCCGAUCUCACUCUCUAUGAUUACGAUAGUAUUUAUUCCAUAGAUAAAAAUACUGAUUCAAACUCCGAAAUCACAUCUGAGAAUUUAUAUCUAUCGACGUCUUCUUUUAAAAUGUCCAAUUAUGAUGAAAUGUCUUUCGCGAAAGACUCAACGAAAUUGGACGAAACAAGUCAGUUUCAGUCAGGCAGCUGGAAUUACAAAAAUUCUUUGGAACGCGACGAGUUUGACAAAUUAACAACCGCGAGUUUCCAAAACAUUUUCGAUGAUGACAAUUUAGACGCGCCAGUUUCAUUAGAAAGUGACGGAAUGUAUUCGACCGAAGAUGAUGAGAAAAUAUUUGUCGACCUACCGCAAACCCCGCGGAACAGUUUGGAACUUUCAGUCGAAAAUAAAAAUACGAUAGACUUUAUGGACACCACUUCGAUUCGAUACACAUCCAAUUCCGCAUCCGUAAGUACUUACUCUUUGGUUGGUGAUAUCGAGAAGAAAGAGCAGUCUGAUGGAAAAAAUCCACAAAGUUUACUGACGGCAAUUAAACCAUUGUCUUCGGAGCUAGAAAAAUUGCUGAACGCUGUUAAAUUGGUCAACCAGAGCAUCAGAAACGUGCAGAACAGACUGUGCAACGAAAAUAACGUCGUCAGAGCAGCAAGGAUCGAGCGAGGUAAUGAUGAAAGAAAAACUACGGAUAUUCUAAAAUUGAGUGACAACGUGGAUCGUUAUAACAACUCGCUCUUUAGAAAAAGACUGAACAGUCAGCCUUGGAGAAAGAAACGUAUUAAAAACAAAAGUGUUACAAAUCAAACGAUUAAUGACACAAAGUUCAAGAACAAACUUAAUGGUUCUCUGUUUUUAAACAAAUUGAAGAAACAUUUGCCCAAACAAAGAAAGUUUAGUAACGCAAAAAUUGACAGAAGUGAUAGAAAUUUUCACAAAAAAAGAAAGAUAAACGCGAAAAAGUUUCGUAACUUCAAUGACGUCAAAAAUCACAGAUCACCUCAUUUGAGAUUGAAUAGAAACUUAAAGUCUUUGGCGAGAAAUGACAAACGAUAUUCGGCGCUACACAAUGCGAAGAGAGCAAUGCUGGGAGAAGUGCAACGUUCCGGUGAAGAAAAUGAACAUUCUACGAUGGAUCCGCAACUUCAAAAAGAAAUAUCCGCUUACAUGAACGUACUCGAAAUGUUGAGGACUUCAGAUUUUGCGCAAACUACACAGAAUGUAACGGAGUUAUUGUAUACAUCUAUGACUACGGAAAGUAGUCCUGCGACUACAUUUCUGCCGUAUUUUAUCGAGGAACCAACAACUACUGCUUCAAGCGUGACAACUGCGGGGAGAGAAGAAUUUCCCGAAUCAACCUUAUACGAAUAUGCAACGGGAACUGAAUUUGAGUAUUACGAUGAACGAAAUUAUACAGAACCGUAUGAAGAUUACGAGUACGAGGAUCACGAAGCCGCCACAUCCUGGUACGAUUACACGGAAACUACGAUAGCAAUACUAACCGUCGAGAUUACUGUUGAGAAAAUGAAUACAACAUUAACCGUCGCUAUUGAAGCAGUAACUGAAGCUCCCAUCACGAUUCCGACGAUAGAAGAAUUUACAACCAAAUCUACGAUGCUUUUAACACCAACUUUGGAAGGUAUGACAGAUAUCACUUUGAAAAUUACAAUUCCUCCAGUUGUCGAAACUUCAAUCGAGGAAACUGUUGAAAAAAUCACCGAAAGUACAACUACGACAACGGAAAUGACAUCAAGUCUUUUCACAAGUACGUCUCCGUAUGGAUUUUCGAUAACGCCAUUAUUCAUAACUUCAGAAACAGAGUGGAUUCCAAUUACAACUGUCAGCGUGUCAAUUGUAACUCCUUUGAUAACUACUCAAACUACGGAGACAACUAUUUCUGUGACUCAAAAGACAAUUGCGGUAACAACCAUAAGUAUGACCGUAAUAACGACAAAAUUCACAGAAAAAGAAAUGGAAUAUACCACUCCGUUUACGACACAAAGUUUAGCAACUCGCGGUCCAACACGUGCUACAACAUCUACGGAAAAGACAAGUGAAUAUACUUCAGUUGCAACAACUCCAAUUACUGUUAGUGAAAUUAUACAUGUUAUUACUACAAUCACAGGCUUGCCUACAACAUCAAAAACAAUUUUAACUACACCGACAGAAACUGUUAUGACGACUUUAACUCCAACAGAGGAAAGUACAGUAACGCAGAUUGAAAAAACCAUAACUGCGGAAGAAAUUACAACUACGGAAACCCCACCUACUGAAACUCCAACAUCUGUCGAAAAAGUAACAAUUUCAACAACUACAGAAAGUAAAACUGAGACAGGCACCAAAUCUAUAACACCUACAGAAAUCUUAACAACUACAACAAUUCCCACGAUUAUCGGGAAUUCAACAACUGCUCUUUCAACAAUUACGAAACCUACUAUCGAAACAACUACGGUUUCAAAAACUUUGAUACCUGGCAAAAUAACUACAGAAACGAGUAUCGAAACGUCAAUACCUACUGAAAGUUUGGCAACUACCAAAAUUACAACACCUGUCAAGAAAGUAACAACUACUACAAUUUCAACAACUACAGAAGGUACUACACCUACUGAAACGAGCACCGAAUCUAUAACACCUACAGAAACUUUAACAACUACUAAAAUUCCUACAAUUAUUGAGACUUUAACAACUGCUCUUUCAACAAUUACAAAACCUACAAUAACUGUUGAAACAAUUACGGUUUCAAAAACUUUGAUUCCUGGCAAAACGACUACAGAAACAAGUAGCGAAACGCCUACUGAAAGUUUAGCAACUACCAAGCUUACAACACCUGUCAAGAAAGUAACAACUACUACAAUUUCGACAACUACAGAAGGUACUACACCUACUGAAACGAGCACCGAAUCUAUAACACCUACAGAAACUUUAACAACUACUAAAGUUCCCACAAUUAUCGAGACUUCAACAAUUACAAAACCUACAAUAACUGUUGAAACAACUACGGUUUCAAAAACUUUGAUACCUGGUAAAACCACUACAGAAACAAGUAUCGAAACGUCAACACCUACUGAAAGUUUGGCAACUACCAAACUUACAACACCUGUCAAGAAAGUAACAACUACUACAUUUUCGACAACUACAGAAGGUACUACACCUACUGAAACGAGCACCGAAUCUAUAACACCUACAGAAAUUUUAACAACUACUAAAGUUCCUACGACUAUCGAGACUUCAACUGCUCUUUCAACAAUUACAAAAUCUACAAUAACUGUUGAAACAACUACGGUUUCGAAAACUUUGAUUCCUGGCAAAACGAUUACAGAAACGAGUAGCGGAACGCCUACUGAAAGUUUAGCAACUACCAAACUUACAUCUGUCAAGAAAGUAACAACUACUACAAUUUCGACAACUACAGAAGGUACUACACCUACUGAAAUGAGCACUGAAUCUAUAACACCUACAGAAACUACAUUAACCACCGAAACAAGUACUCAAAUUUCUUUGAUUGCAUCUACUACAAUAACUUCAAUUACUACCACAGUUCCGACUACAUUAUUAAUAACAUCAACUUUAUCAUCACUAAUUACAAAUAUAACGUUGAGUGAAACACCAUGUACAACAGUUUCAUUUUCAACAACGACAGAAGAAUUGCCAAUUUCCACAACAAUUUCUACUAUCGGAACGACAAUCAGCGAAGAAAUCUCAACAACUACAGAAAGCACUACUGUCACCUUUACUACAAUAACUGAAGAAUUGACUGAAGAGAUCACCAAUGUUACUUCCACACCAGUUACUGAAGGCACAUUGACAUCUGAGGACGUUACAUUGAUUUCUACUGAAAGCACUAUAUUUGUUACAGAAACGAAUAUCACAAGUGUGCCAACAACGACUCCUUUCACUCCUUUUUUUACUUCCUUACCUACUUUAUUUACAACAGAAUCGCCUGCAAUCACGUCAGAAAGUAUCUCCACGUUGCCGAGAACCACGUUGACAGAAGAGUUUACAAUCACAACAUCAACCACCGAGAGCGUAUCGAUAUCAUAUACAGAGAGCUCUUCAAUAAUAUUUACUAAAAAAACUGCCUGUCCUACUAUUUCAACAGCAGCCAAAGUGGCAAAAGCCGAAACAGAGUAUUACGUAGCCAAAGGACCUAUGUACGAAGAAGAAGAAUACGAAGAAUACGAUACUGAAAUACCAACUGACAGAUGGUACGAUUACGAGACCUACGAAGUCACGGAAAAGAAAAAAACAAUCGUGACACUAAGCACAAUAAAACAUACGAAACCGUCCAAGAUAACAAGCACAUUUUUUGAAGAAACAACAACGUCUCCGUACAGAACCGAAACUUCAGAAUUCACAGUAUACUCAUUAUUAUUUACUUUACCAACCAUGUCAACAUCGUCUUACGCAUACACCGAGGAGGAAUAUACUUCAUCCACCAUUGCGGAAACGUCGACCAUUGUCAAAAACUUAACGACAAUUGAGAUGGAAACUGAGUCAUUUACCGAAGAGAAAUCAACUACGAUGGAGAUAACUUUUGGUUCUACUGAAGAAUACACUCUUCCGUCUUCGACGGUUUUUGAAAUUAAAACGAAACCUCUGCCACUUGAAUACCCGACGAUUUCUCCCGAUUACACGGAAACAGAAUCCACGUCAGAAGUUUCGGAAACAAUGAGGAUUGCAAUAUCCGAACGAGGUCUUACGGAGACCAAAAUUAUCGGAGAAACUUCUGUCUUCGUCUCGUCGCUGCUAACGACAUUGUCGGAGAAAGAGGCUGUUGAAAAAUACACAACAACCACCGCGUUCUUAGAAAUGGAAACUGCUACCGAAACCGUUUAUGCGAUCGUUACUUUGGCGACGGAAUUGAUUACGGAAGAAGAAACUGUUCCGUAUGUCACGCCGUUUUUCACGCGGACAAGAACUGAAUUUGAAAUUACGGAGACCGUCGGCCGAGAACAACAGAAAGACCAGUUGUUGCAACAACUCGAACGUCUCGGGGAACACGAGAAAGAACUGACGGAGAAAGAAAAACGGCUGAGGGAAAAAGAGCGGCGGUGGCACAGAGAAAAGGAGGAACGCGAGAAAAUACUGCGUGAAAAAGAGGCGGCAAAGAGAACCACUGCCAGUACAACCGCGAGUUACGUUGCGACUGAAGUCGUUCCCAUUUUUGUUCCAACUUCAAUUACGACUUUGAGAUCUGGCCUGACUGAAGUUACUUUACGCACGAAGGAGAUGGAAACAAUUACAGAAGUAUCAACCUCUACUGCUUCUACCGAAGAGAUGCAUGCUACAAGUUACGAAAUCUUUUACUUGAGUGAACCUUCACUUACACCGACAUUUACCAGCCCGAUCGCAUUGAUCAGCGAGGAGUUUACUACCACUCCUUACACUAUUGAAGAACUGUACACUACCGAAGAAGUAGUUUACACCACCACAGAAUACGUACCUGUUUAUAGCGAGCUUCUGUUCACUUCGUCUACAACGGUGAUCAUUAGCCCGUUCGUUGGCGAGUUUACUGCUUCGCCUGUUACUUUCAGCGAGAUAUUUGAAGAAACUGGCGUCACUUUGCUUGCAACUUCUACCACGGAAGAAGCGUACACCGCAGCUUAUGAAGAUAUUUUAGGCACACCUUCCUUCGCUUCUUCGCCAACAUUGAUAUUUACCGUCUCAUUGGUCGGUAGCACAACUGAGACCAUUGGUACAACGACGGGGAUAAGAUAUGACAAAGAAUUAGAAGAACUGAGAGAGAAAUUGCGCGAGAAAGAACGGGAAUUGGAGGAAAGAGAAAAGAUAUUGUUAGAGAGAGAAGAGAGACUAAGGAAGGAUAUACUGGAGUUCGAGAGGUAUGUGAGAGAGUUUGAAAAAGAUGAAACGGAAGAAACGUUGAUCGCGUUGCUCACAGAACCGACCGUGUCGACGAGUUUUUCAACGCCGGUGCCGCCGAUUGAAAAGACCACGAAGCUAAACGAAGCAACAACGCAAGUUAAAAAGAUAACCACCGGGAAGAAGACAGAGUAUAUUUUUGAAGAAACCGUUACGCGGAAAGAAGAAAAGAUCGCGACGAAACGAAUUUGCUUGAACGUUCUGGAAAACACUACCAUUCCGGCGGAUAAAACGAGACGAGAUGUUGUAGCCAAGGAGAUUUGUUUGCCAUAUUUUCCCGAAGAGAAAAGAUCGCUCGGUCGAGCGAACAGAAAGCUGCUCGUUUUUCAAAGCGCGAAAGAAAUGGAAAAGUCGAAGCGAAGUUAUUUGUCGGAUCUCCGAUACAGAAGAAGAUCAAGAACGACAGCAGCUACGUAUAAGAUCAAUAAUUUGCAGCUGUUCCAUCACGAAUGGCUGAGCAACGAAACCACAAAAUCACCGCAACAUUUUAAAGGUUUUACAAGACUCUAUAAAAAACUACGAAGACCUGUUUUACGAAAUGGUAUAACUAACGGACAACAUGAAAAUGUCGCUGAUCAUUCUCUCGGAACGUCUAUCUGCGAACGCUGUGUUUUUGAUCGUCACGAAAAUUUCAUUCGGUCGACUACGUCUGUGUUGAAAGAGAACAGGAAGAGAAACGCUUUUUUCGAACACGAUUUGAAUUCGGAAAAUAAGAAUUUCUUCAACGACGACGAAGGGAAGGAGAAAAAUAAUUUGACAAUAGAGGAAAAUCAAUUUUUGUCGACAGAAAAUAAUGUGAUAGAUAGUUUGAAACAUAAAUCGACAACGGUGAUCGAGGAGGAGGAGGAGGAGCGAGAUGAAGACGAGAAUGGAUCUUUCACAGUGAAUGUGCUGCGUCUCGGUUACAACAAGAACGAAGAGACGCACGAAUUAAUAUCCGCCAAGCCAAGUCUGGACGAAUUAACGGCAAUUAUUUCUGAGUCGUAUGACGACUAUGUAGUCAAUAAUAAAAAUUAUGUGGAAGAGGAACACGAUAAACCGUUCGACACUGAUAAGAAAACGCAUCAGGCGGAAGAGAGCGACUACGCCGAAGAUUAUAUUGAUUACGAAAAAGAGCCGCGCGGAGAAGCGGUAACGGAAUUCUUGAACCAAAUGUGGCCCACGGAAAAGAGCACGACGUAUCACUUGGGCGGUACCAGAUUUUGGACGCUGGAUUUCGAAAUGACGGAACCACCGCCAGCUGUAUUUAGCGUCACACCUGAAAACAAACCCGUCGAUAUGUUGGCAACGACAUGUCUUUACGUCAUCGUCAAAAAUGAUAAUCGCGCGGCGAUUACGAAGCGAAACUUGUACAGUAACGAAACGCGGAAACACAAUAGUUCCGUCGAAAAGCGAGAUGUUAGCUUUCCAGACGCAAUCGAAAGAAUCUCGAAUCAAUCUGGUGCGACGAUGAAAGAUCCAAAUCUCAAAUCGCGAAAAAUGCACAAAACAAAAUAUCGCGGAGAGAAAAAUACGAGACGUAGCGAGUUGUCCUCAGCGCGAAUUGUUCCUAUCACUGACGAUGGAGAUUCGGUAAUAGCGAAGAGUCGCAAAUUGUGCGGUGUUAACGAGAACAAAUCGAAACAUCAAAUUGUUAAACGCAAAGACACCGCAAAGACCACGCGAAAGAGUAAAAAGAAGAAACAACUGGCACAAUUGCAAACUCAACGGAACGUCGAUUCUUCAAAAGUUUACACAAACAGUUGUGUCUUGAAUAAAAAAAAAUCAAAUAAUUAUCACAAAACAAUGACUGUUGAGACAAACCGUCAUUUAUCUCAAUUACGAACAAGUGGCAAGAAAAAUGUAGCAAAAGUAUUGACGCAUCCUAACAAUAUCGCCAACCGCAAUGAUAAAUCAAAACCUGUAUCGCAAGAAAAAGAAAUCCACGAUUGCUCGUAUUGUAUUUGCGACGUCGCGAAUGUGAUCGACAACAUAAGAUCUAUAUUGGACAAAGUAAAUUCUCCACUAGACGAGAUCAGGACUCUCAACUGCAGCAGAUACAAAGACACUCAGGACAAAAUAAUAAUCUCAAUGGACUCGAACGUGGAAGAAACUAAGUUGGAGUUUCCGCAGCUGCGUUACAACACCGAAUCGCUGAAGGGUCAAAAAUAUAUCAAACUGGACGAGUUGGAGGACAGUUUCAAGAGCGAUUUCGAAUUCGCCAACGAUCACGAUAUUUUUUCACUGCCCGGUCUUAGUCUCAACUUACCCUGCAAUCAAGAAGGCGAUGGUAUCACCUGGCUGUCGAGUAUCAGUAGACCGAGAUACACCUGGAGAAGAACGGAUGGCAUUGCGCUUUUCGGUUUCGUGUCGGAGAACGGCGACUUGGAGUUGCGAAAUGUAAACGCGAAGGACACGGGGAAUUACACGUGCGUCAUGACGUACAUGAGUCCCGACAAUGAGGAACCUGUGGAAGCUACUUACGAAGUUCACUUGCAAGUUAUCACGUUGCCGAGAUACACCGUGCACGGCGAGAAUCGUUAUCACACACGUUCGUGCGACGAAAGGGAUCUUGACGUGCUAGUGACGUAUCUUCCAUUGAAACUGAAUAGUGUUAUAUGCGAAACGGACAUUUGCAACGCUUACGUCUUAACGCCCACGUGCUCCCGAAACCAGAUCGCAGUGAAUGUGCUGUUGGUGCCGUCGCGUAUCGUCAAACUGAUGACGGUCGAUCCCAAACACUGCAAUGUUUUCUGUCUCAAAGCCAUUCAGGAUAAACUCUCGCUGAUACUGGGUAGAAAUUUGCAAAUCUUUCUUGGAAAAACUAUUAUUUUCAGAUUGCCUCAUUACGAGCAGAGAUUGGUGCCGGUCGCCGAAAAAUCGUCAUUUGGAAGAUGGAAAAGAGGAAAGACCAACGGGAACACAUUUCGCGAAGGAUUCGGCAAUAUCGGCCUGUUCUCGAGCUGUCCGGCUGGUUACGGUCUUCGCGGUACACGUUGCGUUCCUUGCAAUACGGGCACUUACAGCGAGGACGGAAUAUCGCACUGCAAAAAGUGUCCGCCUGGUACAUACCAGCCGAAUCACGGUGCCAGAGUUUGUCGCUCGUGCACCAAUCCACUCACGGAAGGGUGUUCUAAUAUGCUAUGGAAUUCUUUCUCCGCUGUUAUGAUAACUCUAGCAAGUUUUAGCGUGAUGAUAUUUACAUUUUUGUUGCUGCUGUGGAUAUGUUGCUACUUCAAGAAGAAAUUUUGCAUUAAAAAAAUAGCUACUGCGAUGUCCAAAGAAAAGGAAUAUGUAGAGGAGCGACCGUUAACGAAGGACGUGAGUGAAAACGAAGAUCAACAAUGGGACAGCGAGCACAGAAUCAAAAACAAGAAGGGAAAGUUUUAUGUAAAUAAAAAGCGUCGGAAGCAAAACGAAAAGAGAAAAUACGAAAAGAUGAACACGGAAUGUGAAUGGGAAUCGCAUCGUCUUAAGAAUAAGUCAAUUGUUUGUCCGGAUUCUUAUCGGUCUCACGAAGAAUUUAAUAACCAUUAUCCGAAACACUCUUAUCGUAAGGGACCUCAGUUGCCGGAAUGUGAUUUUGAUACAUAAUAUAAAACGUGAUUUACGUUAGAAAGCACAUUAUGAACAGUACGUAAGAAUAAUAUUUUGUGUGUGUAUGAGAAGUUUGUACAAAUAGAUUUAACUCUCUCUUAGCUGAGAAAAUAUAUGUAACAAUUACAAGAGUAUGUUCAAUUUUGACAGCUCUAAUUAUAUCUGUUAAGUAAUUU